GUACUGACGUCACGCAGGACGCUACUGCCCUGUCGCCCCGCCUGUGCAGCCCAGGACCUGGGCGCGGUAGCUGGGGCUGGCUUUUGAGGGGGCGCGGGCGGCCUUCUGACUGGGUCGGAGGCCUGCGGGCCCGAAGCCUCUGUCCCUCCUGUUCUUGUCCGGCGCUGCUUAGCCCCUCCCCGUAGUCAUCAUGGAUCUGAUUUUAAACCGAAUGGAUUAUCUACAGGUGGGAGUAACAUCUCAGAAGACUAUGAAGCUAAUUCCUGCCUCAAGACACAGAGCUACACAAAAGGUGGUUAUUGGAGAUCACGAUGGGGUAGUUACGUGCUUUGGCAUGAAGAAAGGAGAAGCAGCAGCAGUGUUCAAGACUUUACCGGGGCCAAAGAUUGCAAGGCUGGAACUGGGAGGGGUUCUCAACACACCUCAGGAGAAAAUUUUUAUUGCUGCAGCAUCUGAGAUUAGAGGCUUCACAAAAAGAGGAAAACAGUUCUUCUCUUUUGAAACAAACCUCACUGAAAGCAUUAAAGCUAUGCACAUAUCUGGCUCAGACCUCUUUCUCAGUGCAAGUUACAUCUAUAACCAUUAUUGUGACUGCAAAGACCAACAUUAUUACCUUUCUGGGGAUAAAAUCAAUGAUGUCAUCUGCCUUCCAGUGGAAAGAUUAUCUCGUAUCACACCUGUGUUGGCCUGCCAGGACAGAGUGCUCAGAGUUUUACAGGGAUCUGACGUGAUGUAUGAAAUUGAAGUUCCUGGACCCCCUACUGUCUUAGCACUACACAAUGGAAAUGGCGGUGACUCUGGAGAAGACCUUUUGUUUGGGACAUCAGAUGGAAAACUUGCGCUUUUUCAGAUUACUACAUCCAAACCAGUACACAAGUGGGAAAUUCAAAAUGAGAAAAAGAGAGGAGGUAUUUUGUGUAUUGACAGCUUUGACAUUGUGGGUGAUGGGGUUAAAGAUUUACUUGUUGGGAGAGAUGACGGAAUGGUGGAAGUGUAUAGUUUUGAUAAUGCAAAUGAACCUGUUCUACGAUUUGAUCAGAUGUUGUCUGAAAGUGUCACAUCUAUCCAGGGUGGUUGUGUAGGAAAAGACAGCUAUGAUGAAAUCGUGGUGUCCACAUAUUCAGGCUGGGUUACAGGUCUGACAACAGAGCCCAUUCAUAAGGAAAGUGGACCAGGAGAAGAACUAAAAAUUAAUCAGGAGAUGCAGAAUAAAAUUUCUUCCUUACGGAAUGAGUUGGAACAUCUGCAGUAUAAGGUAUUGCAGGAAAGAGAGAAUUAUCAACAGUCUUCUCAAUCAAGCAAAGCAAAAUCAGCAGUACCUUCCUUUGGUAUAAACGAUAAAUUUACACUAAAUAAAGAUGAUGCCAGUUACAGCCUUAUCUUAGAGGUACAGACUGCAAUAGAUAAUGUCUUAAUACAGAGUGAUGUUCCAAUAGAUUUACUUGAUGUGGAUAAAAAUUCUGCUGUUGUUAGCUUUAGCAGCUGUGAUUCUGAGGCAAAUGACAACUUUCUUCUUGCUACUUAUCGGUGCCAGGCAAAUACUACAAGGCUGGAACUCAAGAUUCGCUCAAUUGAAGGCCAGUAUGGCACACUACAAGCAUAUGUGACUCCAAGAAUUCAACCCAAAACCUGUCAGGUCCGCCAGUACCACAUCAAACCUCUUUCACUCCAUCAAAGAACUCACUUUAUUGAUCAUGACAGACCCAUGAAUACACUGACUCUAACAGGCCAGUUCAGUUUUGCUGAAGUUCACUCCUGGGUGGUUUUUUGUCUGCCUGAAGUUCCAGAAAAACCUCCAGCAGGGGAAUGUGUGACAUUUUACUUUCAGAACACCUUUCUAGAUACACAACUUGAAAGUACCUACAGAAAAGGAGAGGGAGUUUUUAAAUCUGACAACAUUUCUACUAUCUCCAUCCUAAAAGAUGUGCUUUCUAAAGAAGCUACAAAAAGGAAAAUUAACCUCAACAUAUCAUACGAGAUAAAUGAAGUAUCAGUCAAACACACUUUAAAGCUAAUCCACCCAAAGCUGGAGUACCAGUUGCUUUUGGCUAAGAAAGUGCAGUUAAUUGAUGCUUUAAAAGAAUUGCAGAUUCAUGAGGGAAAUACGAACUUUCUGAUACCAGAAUAUCACUGUAUUCUAGAAGAGGCAGAUCACCUACAGGAAGAAUACAAAAAGCAACCUGCACAUCUUGAAAGACUCUAUGAGUCUCUCUUGGUCUCCCGGGCUGCCGUCAGUGGCACGAUCUCGGCCCACUGCAACCUCUGCCCCCUGGGUUCAAGCAAUUCUCCUGCCUCAGCCUCCUGUGUAGCUGGGAUUACAGGCAUGAUCACUGAUCUUUUCAUAGAUAAAUUUAAGUUUAAAGGCACCAAUGUAAAAACUAAAGUACCCCUUCUAUUGGAAAUUCUGGACAGUUAUGACCAAAAUGCAUUGAUUUCAUUCUUCGAUGCAGCAUGAAAUACAAAUAAGGUAAAGUCCCAAAGAAGUGGUCUGUUUAAAUGAAAAAUGUUAAAAGUGAAUUAGAAGUUAACUGUGUGUGUACUUUAAUUUCAAAUGCUUUUUUAUAUCUAAAAAUAUUUGAGAUAUAAUGGCUUUUUAAAGUAAUGCUUCUAUUUCUUUUGACAAAUUGAACUUUCUAAAAGUCUUUUUAUUUUUAAAACACAAGUAGAAUGAUUUAAAUAGGAUUUUAAUGAAUUUUUGGCAAGUGGCUGUUUUAAUUUUUAAAUUGAGAAGUAAUAUGUGGAAAAUUAAAAUAUAUUCAAAUGUAUUACAAGGUACAUAAACAAAUACGUAAACUGCUUUAUAGGUUUCAAAAUGUAUUUUUAUAUAUUACCUUAUUUGAUCUUCACAACUGUUGUAUAAGUUUGUCAAAUCAUAUAAGAAAACUGAUUCUCAGUGAAAUUUUGUGAUUAAGAGGACAUGCUAAUAUUUUGUAAAGCUGGGACCAGAACCCAAAUACUGGUACUUGCUUUGUGUCCUGGUUACUAUGUAUGUUGCCAGCUAGUGGAAAUAACCUACCAAUUAUUUUUUCUAGGAGAUAGGAUUGAUUUCCAACUGAUUUUCCUUUUGCUUGGUAGUGUUUUAUGACUCUGCUGCAGUUUGUGGAAAUGCUGGACUUGGCUCAGUGCUAUAAAUUGUAGCCAGGGAAAUAAGAUGAGCUUACACAGAGUGGGGGGAUCUUAAUUAGACAUGCUGUAACCAGUGGAGCUAUUCAAGCGUGCUUCAAGUGAAGAGUGCAGAAAUAGUGAUGCCAUCUUAGAUUUUCCUACACUAGAAUCUUCUAGAUCUCUUUUUAUCAUAUAUGACAUUAAGGCUACAGAAGUUUUGUACAUUAAUCUUAAUUCAUAUUUAUUAAUUUCAAGGGAAUAUUGAAAGGUUUUAAAAUGGCAUACAGAUAAUGGAAAAUAAGCUUUAUGUUUCAAGAAGGGCAGGCUGACGAAUUUUUUAGAAAACAGUGCUUCUUAAUAUGCUAUUAUACUUAUUAGCUAUGUGCAAGCUUUGUAUAUUCUUAUAUUUAUUUAUUUUAUUUUUAUUUUUAUUUUUAUUUUUUUUGAGACGGAGUCUUGCUCUCUCCCCCAGGCUGGAGUGCAGUGGCGCGAUCUCGGCUCACUGCAAGCUCUGCCUCCCGGGUUCACGCCAUUCUCCUGCCUCAGCCUCCCGAGUAGCUGGGACUACAGGCACCCGCCACCACGCCCGGCUAAUUUUUUGUAUUUUUUUUAGUAGCGACGGGGUUUCACCGUGUUAGCCAGGAUGGUCUCGAUCUCCUGACCUUGUGAUCCACCUGCCUCGGCCUCCCAAAGUGCUGGGAUUACAGGCUUGAGCCACCGUGCCCGGCCAUAUUCUUAUAUUUAUAUAUAAAUAUAAAAAUUUGUUAAAGGCACAUAUAGUUAAGAGUUUUAUUUUAAUAAGGUCAUAUUGUUUUUACUAUAUUUAAAGAAACUACUUCUGAAAGGAACAUAAUUAUAUCUAGGUCACUAGAACGUCACUGUGUUUUUUUUGUUGGUUGCCACAGCUUGGGGAAAAAUAGAAAAACAUUAAUGACUCUAUUUGAAUAUUUUGUAAUGCAUUGCUAUUUAUUAUAUAUAUCAACAGUAGUUCAAGGUGCCAUCUUAAAUUAAUUGUAUCUUCAUUAGGAAAAAUAAAAAGCAUAAAACACAAUUUCUGGUUACUAUGAAUAAACGCCUAAAUGUUAAGAUGACA